AUGAACCAUCAGAUCCCUCCCUCGGGGCCAGCGGAGCUCGCGGUGGACCCCGAAUACCUCCUUAAGGUGAACGCUUUCAUUCGCCAGCGCCGCCUCGAGCUUCUCGGCCCCGACAACAUCGCGCCCGUCUCCGCCGUGCAGGUCGCUCCGCCGCGCCACCCCCCUAUCCAACCGCACCAGCACCCUAUCCAACCGCACCAAACCCCUAUCCAACCGCAAAUAGAACCCCAACACACUGCGCUGGUUGGCCCCGCCAGCAUCGCGCCCGUCUCCGGCGCGCAGGUAGCUCCGCCGCCCCAUCCAAACCCUGCCGCUUUAGCCGCCAGCGAUCCAUCUGCUCCGCGAUUCGCUCAGCCCGCUACAGUCGGCUUCGGGAAUGCCGCGGCUGAUGGCGCGUUGUCCGCCGUUGGAUCGUCAACGAGGCCGGCGAUCAACGGUGCGCCGGCGGAUGGGCUAGAAGAUGGCAAUAUGAGGGCCAACGGCGGGACGAGCCUCCCUGCUGCUGCAGCAGUACCGUCAGUGACGACUGCUGCAGUACCGGCAGCCACAGCCCCUUCAGUGGCAGCUGCUGCAGUACCCACACACACAGCCCCUUCAGCUGCUGCUGCUGCUGCUGCUGCUGUUGUUCCUGCUGCCGCAGCGGUUGCGGCUGCAGCUGCUGUUACAUCGAGCGUUGCUUCUCAACCCGUCAUCAAUGCUGCUGCCACUCCUCCGACUCCCAUUGCACCGCCUCCGACCCAUCCCUCCGCGAGUGCUCACUCCGCUGCCACGUCAGCAACGACUGCUGCUCCCGUCGUGACAGCUGUCCCUACUGCCGGCGCGGACGCAGCAGCUGCGGGAUCCGCUGCUGCUGCGCGCGCCACAGCGAGUCCUGAGGCGGGGCAACCCGCUCAUGCUGGCGCAGCGAUGGCUGGCGCGCUGCUGCAGCAGCAGCAGGGGCGACAGGCGGAGGGAGACGCUGGCGCGCGCAGGCAGGGGAGCGCGCAUGGAGGCCCGCAGGGCGAUAGAAAGGCGGGUGCUUCUAACGGGAGUGUCUCUAAAGGGGGAGGUGAGGGGGGAGAGGGUGAGGAGGAUGAGGGGAGUGGUGAUGGGGAUGGCGGGGGAAGGCGAGGAGGUGGGCGGAGGGGUGGGGGAGGGAGCGGGGGAGGAAGAGGGGGCGGAGGUAACAGAAGGGGAGGGGGAGGGGGAGGGGGAGGGGCGGGGGGUUCUUCGUCUGGGGGAGGGCGGGGAGGGGGAAGCAGGGGGUACGGGGGAAGGGGAGGAGGGGGUGGAGGAGGCGGAAGGGGAGGCGGGUGGAGGGGGGGAGGGGGGAGAAGGGGGGGAGGGAGUAGGUCGGCGGAUGGGGGAACGGCCCCUGGGGCGUCGGGGGAAGAGGCGGAGGGGUGGGAAGAGUAUGCGGGGGACGGGGAGGAGGAUGGAGGGGAGUGGAUGGCUGGGGAGGAGGUUGUGGGGGAGGGGGAAGGAGACGGGGAGGGGGAAGGGGAGGAGGAGCAGAGGGGUGGGGGCAUUGAUGAGCGGGAGGAGGAGGGGGGGGAGGAAGAGGAGAGAGGGAGAGAGGAGAGGGGGCAUGAGCAGGCGAAUACUGAGAGAAUGACUUUGGGAAACGGUUUAGGGGACGGGAGAGGGGGUUUAGAAGGGGGAGAGGGGGGAGAAGGGGGAGAAGGGGGAGACGGGGGAGAAGGGGGAGAAGGGGAGACGGGGGAGAAGGGGGAGAAGGGGGAGAAGGGGGAGACGGGGGAGAAGGGGGAGACGGGGGAGAGCGGGGAGAGGGGCAAGAGUUGCGAGAGGGGGUGGUAA